CAUAUAUAUAGUUUGUUUUUCUUUAAUUUCAUCAUUACUUCUGUAACCUCAGAGCACCUUCCACAAUACAUAUCCUCAUCUCAACGUCUGCUGCAAUGGGAGGAUUGUUAUCAAAGGAACCGCCGAAACCAGAGCCACUUCUCCCUAUUCCAUGGCGUGAAGUUGAAUUUCGUCAUGAAGCUUACAUGAAACUUCAAGAUGAAAUAAAAAACUACCAACCACACCCUAAGGCUUCAACAACAAAUAUUCUUAUUUUGGGCAAUGUGGGUUCCGGAAAGUCAAGCUUUCUAAAUUCUAUGUUCUCAGAACUCAGGAGAGAAGAUUUCAACGGCAGAAUACAAAGCUUUCAAGGCGUGAGACCACCUGCACAAACAAGCGUCACACAACGUCUAAAAUGCCACAAAUUCAAUGACAAGAUCAAAAUCUUUGAUACAGCAGGAUUUGAAUUGGAGAAAACAGUAAAUGCCACGAUAAUAUUAAAGAAGAUCAUAGAUGGUGAAGUGGCUGAAGGCUCAAAGUUUGAUGAUAUUCUGGAAACAAAAAUCAAAAUGGAAGGAGACCAAAUCCACUGUGUUGUGUUGGUUCUAUCACUUCAUAACGCUGAAAAUCUGGACCCAGCCUUGAUUCAGUUUUAUGAAGGAUUAAUUGGAAUGCUAACAAAGACUGGAGUACCAUGCAAGCUGCUUGUUACAUUCGUUGAUAAACUUGUCGAGAAGACUGAGGAUUUGAAAGAUCUGUACAAGAGAAGAGAUAUAAAACAAAAGAUUGAAAAGUUAGCAAAGGAGAUGAGAAUUUCAAUGUGCAACGUUAUUGUUGUUUCAAACUACUUUGAGGAGUUGAAAAUUAACCAAAUAAAAGGAACUCUGCUGUUGGAGGCAGUUGCUCAAAUGCUGACGGCUGCAAAACCCUUUCAAGAGAGAAUGUAGAGUAUCACCUGUCACACCUGAAGCACGCUGAGCCCAUUCACAACUUUAAUUGAUUUCCAAUUGGAGAAUGGCCACUGUGUGUGUAAGAGAAGCCAAUUCCUUUAUUUGGAGAGAGCAGGAGGAAGACAGGCGGUGGCAUAGCCUGUAUUCGAACCAGGUUAUAGGGCACUCCUGCCGUCAGCAUUGCAUAAACAGAGAAAAACUGUCAAUAAGCGGCUUUGAAUUAUUCAUCAUUUAAUCUACUGCUUAAUCUAUCAUUUUAUGAAAAAAUAUUAAUAAUACUCUAUUGAGUACUCUCGUUUAAAUCUAGUUCUAAAAACAUCAAUUAAUGAUCUUUGAAUUAAUCAGCAAUAACCUUUGCAUUCGAUUUUGGAAGUUCCUUUGACCGGUUCCUUAUUAAUAACAGCUAAAAAAGCUAAAACUAACAAAUGUGCUGCGAUAAUGUAAAAGACUGGGGAAAAUCAUGAAUGAAAUGUGAAUGAUGUUUUUUGAAAAUAAUAAAUAAAAUAUGCCUUUGUUUCCUAUUUACGCAGCACUCAUGUUUGCUGUUGCUAUUGUAUUGUAUUGUACUGUAUUGUAUUGUAUUGUAUUGUAUUGUAUUGUAUUGUAUUGUAUUGUAUUGUACUGUACUGUAUUGUCCAGUCUGUCUAAUAAGGGGGCUCAUUCAAACACCUUUCAGAUGUAUUAACUUCAGGAUGUCCACAUUACUAACCACUGUAUUUGAAAAUCCCAUCUCAUACAUUUCCCAUGUACUGUAAUAUAGCUUCCCAUAAUCCAUUUUAUUUUUAAUAAUAAUAAUCCUUGUUUUAAAUCAGUUUGAUAUUGACAUGUUCGUGUCUCUCUCUACUAUGUUGGUUCCUCAUCUGUAUUAUGCAUUGCAGUUACAGAGUGGAAGAAUAAAGAGCUUGAUUGA